AUGAAGUCCAUCCAACCACCAAAUCGAAUGCUCUUCUGCUUUUCAUUUCUGUUAAUAUUCAUCAGUACUGCGUUCUGUUCAAUGACUUUACGAGAACUGAAGACUAUUUGCCCGAACGAGAAGCCAAUCUGCACUGGGAAAGCUUUGAAAGGCGAUUGUUUCGGAUCGUCGUUGAGAGCAUCGGUCCUUCAAAAAGAAUGCAAAUGUUCUUGCGAUGCGGUGCACCAUGAUCGAAUUCAGAAAUGCUGUAAAACUGUCGGUGAACAGGAAAUGAAGUUCUGCUUGCCACUUUGCCGAUACAACACUACUAAUGAGGAGGUUUGUUCCUUGUAA